AUGGAACGUAUUGCAAUUGAUUUAUAUUCUGGAAAUAAUUCAAUUGAAAUUAGAAAAAAAGCAUCUGAUGCUAUUUCUUCAAUAAAUGGGUUUCAGUGGGCUUGUAAUAUUCUCAAUAAUUGUUCUACAGAACAAUUAGAAAUUAUUUUAUUUUCACUUCAAAUCAUAAAGCAUUGGAUUUAUUUGUUUGAUAAUAAUGACCCACAAUUAAAUGUUUUAUUAAAUUUAUUAAUUGUUUCAUUAAAACAAAUGUAUGAUUUAAAUCAACGUUUACUUUGUAUGAAGAUUGGAGAAUGUUUUAAUGGAGUAAUUUGUAGAAAGUUAGAUGAAAAUGAUUCAAUACUUUCUAUUUAUUUAUCACUAAUAAAAGAUAUUAAAUACUAUCCAUUAAUUGUUUUAUUAUUUCAAUUAUUAUUAGAAGAUCUUAAUUCUACAAAAGUUAAACAAAAUAUAUUAAUUAAACAACGUUUUAUUAUAACAAAUUCAUUGAAAAGAAAUGGGUAUGAAAUUAUUCAAUUUUUAAUUAAAAUGAUUUCAACAUCUCCACAAAAUUCUAUUAUAUCAAUUAAAUUAAUAGCACAAUAUAUUGAUAUGAAAUGUAUUUCAAAUACAAUGUUAAUACCUGGAUUAAGAGAAUUAUUUAUUACAUAUAAACAACUUCAAGAUGAUAUUUUUGAUUGUGUUAAUGAUUUAAUUUCUAAUAAAAACAUUACAAAAGAAGUUAUUCCAUUAUUUUUAGACAUUAUUCAAACUUUCUUAAAAUCAGGUGAUGAUAAAGCUCUUAUUGUUCUUUUAACUUUUAUUAAUUCUUUUGGAUUAAUGUUAAAUCAAGAAAUGGUUUAUUUUAUUCUUCAAAAUUUAUUAAAUUAUUACCAAAUUAAUAGAAAUAAAAUUGAUAUUAUUCAUCAUGAAAUAGAAGUGAUUUAUACAAUUUUAAAACUACCUAAUAAUUUUAAUGUAUUUAAAAUGGGAAAUUCUGAACAACUUAUUAUUCAAUUAAUUCAAUUAAUUAUAUAUUCAUCAUAUCAUUCAACUAAUCAUCAAAUGAAUUGUAUUGACUUCUCUUCUGUUGGUUCAAAUGAAAGUCAAUACAAAAGAGUUCUUAAUUUAAAUAUUAAUACAUUAGAAAUUAUAUUUUUAAAUAAUCCUCAAAUAGUUAUCAGUCAAAUUCAACAAUCUUUAAAUCAAAUAUCUUCUAUUAUUCUUUUAAAACAUUCAAAAAGAUUAAAUGAAAUGGAAUUAGCUGAUUUAACGUCAUUAUGUUAUUUCUUUAUAUUUCUUCAACCAAAGUAUAUUGUUCAUUCUUUACCUUUUCAAGAGUUAUUAACAUUAUAUAAUCCUUUCUUUGAAAUAUUAAAUUAUUUACAAGAAGAAAAAGACUCAGUUAUUUUAAUGGAACUAAUAGAACAAUUAUUAACUGUUUUUGAAAGUUUUUAUACUUGUAUUUCAUUAAUAUAUUCUAACCAAUUUGAUCAAUGGGCAAAUAACUAUAUUCAAAAACUAAUACUAACAAGUCAAAAAUGUUCAUCUUCUAAUGUUUCAAUAUUCUUUAUUAAAACAACAUUUUGUUUUAUUCAAACAAUUGGUAUUCAAUGUUUAAAAUUUCCAUUUACUUCAUCUAUUCAUCAACAACCAUUACAAUUUUUUUCUCAUUUUCAUGGAAUUAUUCAAAUAGAAGCAAUAUCACAAUUCUUAAAUACUCUUAUAAAUUUUAUAGAAUCAAACGAUACUCAAUCAUAUUUCAUUCAAAUAACUUUUCAAACAGUUUUUGAUAAUUUAUGUAUUCAACCAUUAAUAAAUUCAAUCAAAAAUAAAGACCAAUCACUUAUUAAACAUUUAUGUCUCAUCAUUAUUACAUUUGUUAAUGAAACAAGUAAUCUUAAUGUAAUACAAAAAGAAAUCAUAAGUGGACAUAUUAACACAUUAUUUAAAACAUUUGAGCUUUUAGAAUUUUCACAAUUUAAUGAUGAUAUAGUAAAUGUUAUAACUAAAAUGAUAAAGUGUUGUUUUAUGAAAUUAACAAAUACUUUAAAAGAAGAAAUUAUUUCAAUACUUUUACAAAAGUAUAUGAAUAUUUUUUCUGGUCAUGUACUUGAAAUAGUCACAUCUUCAAAUCAAUUAAAAACUAAUGUUAUAUGUAUGUUCAUACAAUUACUUUCUAAAUUUAUUUUAGUAUGGUGCUCUAUAUAUGGAGAUUCUCCUUCUAAAACUUUUUCAGACACUACAUUCUUAGCAUUUUUAUUCUGUUUAAAUGAUAUUGCAAAUAUUCUUUCAGAAUAUACUAUUGGUUCAGAAGUAUUUAGAGAAGGAUUUAAUAUUCUUUUUGAUGUAGUUCAAAUACAAUAUAAAAACAUUGAUGAUUACCCAGAAUUCUCUGAAAUUGCUUCAAAACUUAUUGAAAAUGGAAUACAAUCUUCUGAUAUUGAAAUGGUUCAAACUAUUUCAAAACGAUUACUUGAAUUAAAUAAAACUAUUUCAUUCUUUUCUCUCACUUCAUUACGUUCUUCUUUACCAUCAUUUUUAAAUACAUUUAUUAAAGUACUCAUAUCUUCAAUGCAUAGUUUUGAUGUUUUAUCAGAAUUACUUUAUUCUAUUAUUUCAUCUUCACCCUCUAAUUAUUCUUCAUUUUAUAGUGUUGUAUCAUCUUUCUUAUCUACAACACUAACAGAUGCAAUAAAGAAUAGAUAUUAUCAAUAUUUACUUCAGUACAUUGAAAUAAAACAAGAUGAGUCAUUAGUUCAAUUCCAACAACAACUAAAAUAUUUUGUAAGUGAUUAUUUACUUUUAUUUAAUAAAAGCUGUUCAUAA